AUGGGUGACGAUCCACGUACAAAAGCUCGGAGUUUUCUUGAAUCAUCUGCUAUUAUAUCCGAAUUUGAAGAUAUACUCAACGAUCUUGUUUACGAAAAUCCCGAAGACCUUCGCGGCUAUUUGGCGAAUUAUUUUCUCACCCAAAGUAAACAACCGCAAAUUACUUCGUUGAAUUUAAGGCUACUAACUGGUCCGGCUGGAGAGCUGGCUGUGCACAUUGAUGUUACAGUAGCACUUCGAAAUCGAACUCAACGAUAUAAUGGACUUACAGUUAAUUUAUCAUCGGGUCAAUUAAGUAGCCAAAAAAUAAAAGAAUACGAAGCUUUUGGUGAGUAUGAAAUCAAUCAAUUGAAUACUGAAUCUUGCUGCUUACUCUGUUCAGUCAACUCAACGUCAUUAGCAACCAUUCUUAAUCGAAUUGAUUUAAUCGAUCAUAGUACGAUUGAUAAUCUACUUGCUAACUGUCGGCUAGAACAUGCUCAUGAAAUGGCAAAAUUGGCAGCGAUUGAAGCAGAAAAUUCCAACAUUGAGAUCGCACCCGAAGUUCCACCAGCAAAGCCGCCACCGCCAGCACCACCGGCUAAACGGCAAGCGAUGAGUCCAGCCGGUGUCAAACCAGGUGGCGCGCCUCCACCCAGUAAAAAAGGAACUAUAAAAGAAGUUCAACUACUUGAAGUUAUACCUGAUGGUCCCGAACCAUCAUCAUUUACUGGUCAAGUAUUAGUUACAGGAAUAUCAUUAACUUCUCGUUUAAUAACUGCUGAAAUGCAAAAUUCAAGUUUAUAUCGUCUUAUUCAACUUCCAUAUGUGACAAAUCUGUCUAUACCACUACCGAUUAUUCCCAUACUCCAGAGUGGACCUGACUUUCCAGGUAAACAGACGUUAGUUAAGUAUUUCAUGCUUAUCCCAAGGCCCGACAAGAUGGAUAACGAAGAGUGGCUGAAUAAACUACAUAGUAUUAUCCAUCAAUUACGCGAAACAUUGACGACUGCUAAGGGAGCUACUUCUCAACAAGGUUAUUCAACUGAUGAUGGUUGUCUCGUCUUUUCGAUGGACAAACCCGAACAAGGAUUUGAUAUCCUGCAAAAUGCAGUGAACGCUGUCUGUGGCACUAAGGAACAUUGGUUCGACUAUGCUCUACAGAUGUGCCCAUACGAAGCGUUUGAUUAUACAAAUGGAAUGUACGAAGUAGCUUCUGGAAUGACGAAAGCACCUGAUGACCUCGCUGAUCUCUACGCUGAAUGGAUCCUCAACUAUCCAAGUUGCAUUAUGCUCAUCGAUCCAUUCCGAUAUUCUGAUAAAACAUCACUAUCACGUUUGUGCCAUCGAGUGACAAAGAAAUGUUAUGUAACGUCAACUGAUACACGUCGUUAUCAACAUGAAGAUGAUGAUAAUACAAUUAAUUGUCAUCUAUUAAGUUUCGAUCGUGCUCCAACAGUUACCGAAUUAAUUCAACGUGUAAAUAAACUUCGCGAAAGUAAUGAUUAUGCUUUGGGAUUAUUCGAACGAGAUCAUCAAGAAGUUGCACAAGUUUAUCUAGCUGAUCUCGCUGUUGGUUUCGGCUGUCGUUUUCUCAAACUUCCUGGUCUUCUUUCAUUAGGUGGUCAAACAACAUCUGUUAUCCUUCAACGUCUCUCUAUAAUUCGUGAUGAAAUUCAAAUGAAUGACGGUGAUCAACCUGUCCAACUCAAGCAACAUAGUUUCAUUCAUAUUCGAUCAGCAAUUGACAUACCGGAACUUGACGUUGCUCCACCGAUCUCGACGACUUCGAAAAAUAAGGACAAGAAAAAGCGGCCUUAA